CUCCUCCCACCAGGCCGUAGCAAUAAAUCGGUAUUUAAGUCUCCGACGCAUCGCCACACAUACCGAUACGUCCAUCGCAACAACAGUUAAGAAGAAUAUGGAUCCUCAUCAUCAUCAUUAUCCAUGGCGAGCUCGUCCUCCUCCUCCACCAAUUGUACAACAAGGUAACAACAUAUGUCCAAUUUGUUCUAUUUCUCACUUCCCUUUUUGCCCUCCUAACACUAGAUUCUUCCCUCAUCCCCCAAACAACCCUAAUUACUUCCCUCCACCUCCCCAAUUUGAUCCCCCUCCCUAUUAUAAUCACCCUCCAAUCGACGCUUUUCGAAUGCCGCGGCAAUUUAGUCCUAAUUUUGAUCACGGUGUUGUUGGUGUCAAGAGGAUGAGAGACGAUGUUGUUGAUAGUGUGGGGAGUUAUUCGGCUUUCGUGUCGGAGGAUGAGCGGAGAUUGAAGCUGUUGAUUCGUGAUCACGGUACGCAGUCUGGUUACGAGAAGGCGGGUUUAGGAAGGGGUUAUAGUAAGAUUGAUGAGUCAGCGAUUAAGUCGAGUGGUAAUUCGGAGAUGUAUGAGUUUCAGAAUCCGUGUGUUGAUGGUUUUGAUAAGGGAACGGCUUUUGUGGAGCCUGGUGUUGGUUCCCGUGGUUUUGGGGAGGAAAAGGGUUUUGGUUAUCGGCAAAUGAGUGAUGCCGAGAAUGCUGAUAGAAUGAGGUUUCAAUAUAAGUCUAGUACGAUGACUGAUGAUAUGCAGAGGCGUCCGCUGGUACCUCAGAGUGUGCAGGGUUUGUAUACCGGAUCGAAUAAUGAUACUGGCUUUCAUCAUAAUAGUCAAAGGCUUAUGUCUAGGGAUUCAAUGUCAAUUAAGGAACCUUAUUAUUCACAUCAAGGGCAUGAGAUGCAAGGAUCAAUUAAUGAACAGAGAAGCAAUUUUUCUGUGGUAAAUCGGGAUUUUGACAAUCAGUUGUCAAACUCAUAUAGAUCUUCACAAAAUUCAGAGCAUCAAAUUCCUGGUAUUAGGCCAUCUUUUGGUGUUAAUGCUCAGUUAGAGAAUGCCAACUUGUCCCCAUCUGGUCAUCAGAAUAUGCAGAAAGGAGUGUAUCCUUCUAUAUAUAAUGGUGCUGCUCCUCGUGCGUAUGAUAUCCACCCUCCUCUUCCUGCUUCUCCACCACCACCACUUCCUAUGGAGCCCCGUGGAAAUCCUUACCCUAGGCCAUUUGCUUCAUCUUCGCCACAAUUAGCAUCCAAUUCUUUAUUCCCGAUAUCUGUUAGCUCUUCGAUAGAUGUGCCACUAUCACAUCCUCCGCUCGCUGAAUCCCAAUCUGUGACGCAGAAGUACCAUAGUGAUAAGCCAACUCAGCAUACUUCAGCUAGUGCUCCUUGUGAGGAUAUUCAAGCCCGCCAAGCAUCCUUUAAGUACUCUGUAGAUCAACAUACUUUUCCAUUGAGAUCUAUUGAUAAGCCCAAGGCUAUUGAUGCUUCUCAAAUAUUUAAGCAGCCACAUCGAGCUACUCGACCUGAUCAUAUAGUGAUAAUACUUCGCGGACUUCCAGGUAGUGGAAAGAGCUACUUGGCAAAGAUUCUGCGUGAUAUUGAAGUUGAAAAUGGUGGUGACCCUCCACGAAUUCAUUCCAUGGAUGAUUACUUCAUGACAGAGGUUGAAAAGGUCGUGGAUAGUGACUUAAAGUCUCCUGGUUCCAUCAGAGGUAGGAAACCAGUAAUGAAGACAGUCAUGGAGUACUGUUAUGAACCUGAAAUGGAGGAGGCUUAUCGAUCAAGCAUGUUGAAGGCAUUCAAAAAGACCCUUGACGAGGGUGUUUUCUCCUUUAUAAUUGUGGAUGACCGCAAUCUGCGGGUAGCUGACUUUGCUCAGUUUUGGGCAACUGCAAAGAGAUCGGGUUUUGAAGUUUACUUGCUGGAAGCUACCUAUAAGGAUCCAGCAGGCUGUGCUGCUAGGAAUGUGCAUGGUUUUACCCAAGAUGAGAUACAAAAGAUGGCUUUUCAGUGGGAAGAAGCUUCGUCCUUGUACUUGAAGUUGGAUGCUAAGUCUUUACUCAGUGGAGCUGGUUUGGAAGAUGGUGGAAUUCAGGAGGUAGACAUGGAUAUGGAAGACGAGGAUCCUGCUGGUGGGUUAACCGGAUUAGAAGAUGGAAAAUUCCAGGAUCCUACUGUACCUCUUAUUAAUGACGUUAAAUCAAGUGAUCCCGUCGAGCAUGAUAAGAAAUGGAGUGUGGAAGACCAUCCAACAGAAGAGGUAAAAGAAUUGAGGACAAGCAAAUGGUCACAUGAGUUUGAUGAAGGUGAUGGCCAAAGAUCUGAAAGCGCGAAAAGUAAUUCAGGUGCUCUUUCUGGAUUGAUUUGUGCUUAUGGAAAGAAAGACAAAUCUGUAAGCUGGGGUGACAAGGUUGGCAAUAUGGGGUUCUCUAUUGGUGCAGCAAACAAAGUAAAACUCGUGUCAUUAGUAAUUGGGCCUGGAGCUGGAUACAACUUGAAGUCGAACCCUUUAACAGAAAAGGACAACCUACCGUUGGUUAAGAAAAAAUUAGAAUCACCAAGGCAAAACGUAUUCCAAGAGCAACUUCGUGCUGAACGUGAAUCUUUCAAGGCUAUUUUUGAGAAGAGGAAACAACGAAUUGGCGGACUUGGAACCGAGGAGGACAUUUUGUAAAUGGUUCUUUGCGCUUUGAAUGAGAAUAUUGUUAUCUGGGGCUGGUGUGUAUUGUAUAAUUUACUCAUUAUUGAAUAGUGAAUAGUGAAUGAUGAGGUGAGAAGGGGAUGGGGUGUGAUGUGUGUUGGGUAAAUCUGGUUGCAGCCUUGUUCUGUAGAUGAAAAGUUCAACUUUGCGGGAUAAGUGAUCCUUGUGCUACACGUUGAUUUGAGCAUCUGUACACGUUGAUUUAAGCAUCUGACAGGCUGUGGGGACAUCAUAAUAAUCAGCGUCACUUGUUGAUAUUGUAUAUUAAUUGUACACACCAAUGUAUCUGUAGCAGAUUUAUGUGCCUGGACAAGCAAACAGGAGAUCUGCAUGCAAGGUGAUUGCCAACCGAUAUUCACAUACUCUUCCCAAUGAUCAUUUCCAUCAUUCUGGCAUUUUGUAAGUUUUAGUUGUUUGCGAACAUCUCAAUUUUAAUUAGUUAGUACAGUGUACCUUUAUUUAUUUAUUUUAUUAAAUUACAAACAUUUCAUGUUGCA